UUUUGGUAUAUGGUACUUUUGAGUACAUGUUUUGUUUGAUAAUGGUGCAACUCAUUCUUUCAUUUCUGCAUCUUGUGCUAAUGCAUUGAGGUUGAAAACGGAAAGAGUAGGAAAUCUGUUACUUAUCGAGUCUCCUAUGGGUACGAAUUCUAGAGUUGAUAGAAUAUGCAAGGGGUGUGUUAUUACUUUGGCGGAUAGAACACUUAAGGUGGAUUUGAGGAUUUUGGACAUGAUUGGGUAUGAUGUUAUUUUGGGAAUGGAUUGGUUGAUGGUGUAUAGAGCGCUUAUUGAUUGUCAUCACCGUAGGAUAAUAUUUUGUCUACCAGAUGGAUUUGAGGUUUGCUUUGUUGGAGGGAAGUGUGUUAGUUUGCCUUUUUCGCAGUCCGAUCUGUAUUAUCAGUACGUGUUGAGGAAGGGAUCAAUAAAUUUCCUAACUUGCCUUCAUAGUAAGGAGAAAGCCCAAAAGGACAUUACAGAAAUUUCAGUGGUGAGAAAGUUACAGGAUGUAUUCCCAAAUGAGUUACCAGGUUUACCACCACAUAGAGAGUUUGAUUUCUCUAUUGAAGUCUACCUAGGAACGGAUCCUAUUUCAGUAUCCCCCUAUAGGAUGGCGCCUCUUGAGUUGAAGGAGUUGAAAACUCAGUUGGAGGAAUUGUUGAGUAAGGAUUUUAUUCGUCCGAGUACAUUGCCAUGGGGAGCCUCGGUGUUGUUUGUGAAGAAGAAGGAUGGCACCUUGAGGUUGUGUAUUGACUAUAGGAAGUUGAAUAGAGUUACUGUGAAGAAUAAGUAUCAUCUUCCAAGGAUAGAUGACUUGUUUGAUCAGUUGAAGGGUGCGAAGUAUUUUAGUAAGAUUGACUUGAAAACUAGGUAUCAUCAAUUGAGGGUUAAGGAAGAAGAUGUUCCUAAAACCGCUUUUAAAACGAGAUAUGGGCAUUAUGAAUUCUUAGUCAUGCCUUUUGAAGUAACUAAUGCCCCCGCUAUUUUCAUGGAUUUAAUGAAUAGAAUAUUUCGUACUUGGAUCAAUUUGUGAUUGUCUUUGUGGAUGACUUCUUGAUUUACUCAAGGAGUUUGGAGGAGCAUAAGCAACAUUUGGUGACCACCCUUAGAACUUUAAGAAGACAUCAGUUGUAUGGGAAGUUGGACAAAAGUGAGGUUUGGCUUACUGAAGUGAAUUUCUUAGGCUAUGUGGUUUCUAAGGUAGGAAUAGCAAUGGACCGUUCCAAGGUGGAAGCUGUGCAGGAGUGACAAAGGCCUACUAAUGUAUUUAAGGUUAGAAGUUUCUUGGGGUUGGCUAGAUAUUAUAGGAGGUUUGUGGAAGACUUCUCUAGGAUUGCAACUCCAAUGACUCGGUUGACUAGAAAAGGAGUGAAGUUUGAAUGGAAGGAGGAGUGUGAGAAUGCUUUCCAGGAGUUAAAGCGGAAAUUGACCACUGCCCCAGUGUUAACUGCUCGUAUUAGUGGAGAGUUGUUUACAGUUUAUUGUGAUGCUUCUGUAGUGGGGCUAGGGUGUGUGCUAAUGCAAUAAGGCAAGGUGGUAGCUUAUGCCUCAAGACAAUUAAAGCAGUAUGAGCAGAAUUAUCCAGUACAUGAUUUGGAGCUUGCAGCAGUGGUGUUUGCCCUUUAGACUUGGAGGCACUAUUUGUAUGGAGAGAUCAGCUGUAUUCUUCCAGUGGUGAUCACAAGGGCCUACAAAUCUCCCAAUGAAAAAGGCCAUCGUGACUGCAAAAAACCCAAAGCUAGAAGUUGCCCUACUUCAAGAUCUGAAGUUGAAAUUUUAUCUUCAUCAAAUUUGAAAGCCUUCUCAUUUAGUGAGCUCAAAUCUGCCACCAACAAUUUCCAUCUGGAAAGUCUUCUCGGCGAAGGAGGUUUUGGUUUUGUUUACAAAGGCUGCAUAGAUGCUGAUACUCUUGGUGCUGCAAGGCCUGGAUCUGCUAUGGUUGUUGCUGUCAAGAAGCUCAUACCUGCAGGUUUCCAGGGUCACAAAGAGUGGCUAGCUGAAGUUAAUUUUCUCGGCCAGCUGCAACAUCCAAACCUCGUCAAGCUACUUGGGUACUGCUUAGAAGGGGAGGACCGGCUUUUGGUCUAUGAAUUCAUGGCCAGAGGCAGCUUGGAGAAUCAUCUGUUUAGAAGAACAGUCCCACCACUUUCUUGGGAAACAAGGAUUAAGGUUGCUGUGGGGGCUGCUCGAGGGCUUGCCGUCCUGCAUAACUCCCAGCCAGAAAUAAUCUACCGUGAUUUCAAAGCUUCAAAUAUUUUGUUGGAUUCGGAGUUCAAUGCGAAGCUAUCAGACUUUGGAUUGGCAAAGGAAGGACCAACUGGUGAUCGGACUCAUGUUUCCACUCAAGUGUUUGGAACACAGGGCUAUGCUGCACCUGAAUACAUAGCUACAGGUCAUCUAUCGACCAGGUGCGACAUCUACAGCUUUGGGGUUGUGUUGCUCGAAAUACUGUCAGGACGGCGUGCAAUAGAUAAGACAAAACCUCGUGCCGAAGAGAAAUUAGUAAGCUGGGCAAGACCCUACUUGAAUGACAAGAAAAUGUUUUAUCGAAUUAUGGAUAGCAGGAUGGAGGGUGGGUACCCAAAAACCGGUGCUUAUAUUGCUUCAACUCUGGCACUACAGUGUGUCUGUCAUGCCAAAAAUCGGCCAACAAUGAGUGAAGUUGUGAAAAUUCUUGAACGGAUCUUGGCUGCCACAGACACUGCAGGACCAUCCCAAUCUGCGCAGCAAUCAGCACCUAGUCCUGUUGGCAGGUCCACGGUGGGAAGCAGUAACCCUUCACCUCAUCCUCAAUCCCCCGCAGAAUCCCCAUCACCUGCCCAUUCUCCUCAGCCUCCCCAACAGCUAGGAUGAGGGAGAGAAAAUUUUGUAUCAGGCUAGGAAUUCAAUGUCAAAUCUUUAAUUAUUUUCGUUAUUUUUUAUCUAAUAGUUUUGUAUAGGAAAUUCCCUUUCGCCAAGCUUGCCAGCUUAGCAUUUUUUGGUCAUAUAGAUAUGGCCGGUAUCUGAGUAUCACAGACAAGGUGGUGAUGUCAAGAAAAAGAAAUAUACGAGGUGAAAAUCUCAUUUUGAGGCUGA